AGUGGCUGGCUGCCAUGUAGGCACCAUGGAGACCGCUAUGUGUGUUUGCUCCCCAUGCUGUACAUGGGAGAGAUGCUGUCCUCAGUUAUGCUCCUGUCUCUGCUGCAAGUUCUUCUUCACCUCGGAGCGGAACUGUACCUUCUUCCCUUGCCCUUACAAGGAUGAGCGCAACUGCCAGUGCUGCCACUGUACCUGCGCCGAAAACCCCAAUUGCCACUGGUGUUGCUGUUCCUGGGCCAAUGACCCCAACUGCAAGUACUGCUGCACAGCCAGCAGCAACAUCAAGUGCUACUAUUAUGAGAGCCGCUGCUGCAGGAAUGCCACCAUCACCUUCCGCAAGGGUCGGCUCCGGAGCAUCCAGACCUCCUCUAAGAUGGCCCUGCGUGUGGGAAGCAGUGACACCCAGGUGGAUGAAGUGAAGUCGAUACCAGCCAACUGCCACCUGACAGACCAUCUCACCUGCCCCCAGUGCCACCGGCUGCGCCUGCAUUCCUUCAUGCUACCCUGCAACCACAGCCUGUGUGAGAAGUGCCUGCGACACCUGCAGAAGCAUGCUGAGAUCACCGAGAAUUUCUUUAUCCUCAUCUGCCCGGUCUGCAGCCGCUCCCACUGCAUGCCCUACAGCCACACGAUGCAGCUGCCCGAGAACUACCUGCGUGGACGCCUCACCAAGCGCUACAUGCAGCAGCAUGGCUACCUCAAGUGGCGCUUCGACCGCUCCUCGGGGCCCAUCCUCUGCCAGGUGUGCCGCAGCCGGCGCAUCGCCUACAAGCGCUGCAUCACCUGCCGCCUCAACCUGUGCAACGAGUGCCUCAAGGCCUUCCACUCGGACGUGGCCAUGCAGGACCACGUCUUCGUAGACACCAGCGCAGAGGACCAGGACGAGAAGGUCUGCAUCCACCACCCGUCCAGCCGCAUCAACGAGUACUGCCGGAGUGACAACCAGCUGCUCUGUACCUUCUGCAAGAUCGCCUUCCACAACGGCCACGACACGGUCGGCCUCAUCGACGCCUGCUCCGAGAGGGCUGCCGCUCUCUUCAGUGCCAUUGCCAAGUUCAAAGCAGUCCGAUAUGAAAUUGAUAACGACCUGAUGGAAUUCAACAUUUUAAAAAGCAGCUUUAAAGCUGACAAGGAGGCAAAGCGGAAGGAGAUCAGAAACGGAUUUCUCAAGCUGCGUAGUAUUCUUCAGGAGAAAGAGAAGAUCAUCAUGGAACAGAUUGAGAAUCUAGAAGUGUCCAGGCAGAAGGAAAUAGAGAAGUACGUGACUGUCACCACUAUGAAAGUCAACGAGAUGGAUGGUCUGAUCGCCUACUCCAAGGAGGCCCUGAAGGAGACCGGACAAGUGGCAUUCCUGCAGUCCGCCAAGAUCCUGGUGGACCAGAUUGAAGACGGCAUCCAGAGCACCUUUAGACCAGACCCUCAGCUGCGGCUGCACUCGCUACACUGCAUUCCACUGGACUUCGCUGAGCUCUCCAGUGCCAUCCACGAGCUCUUCCCCAUGGGACCCAAGAAGGUAAGCUCCUCCUCGGUGGAGCUGCACCCAACCCCCUACCCUGUGCAGUCCGAAAUGAUGAUUGCCAGAAAAGUCACUUUCAGCACCCACAGCUUCAACAACCAGCAGGUGUACCAGAGAAGCUCCUCCUUGCUGUCCUUCCACGCCAACGAGAAGGCCAAGAUGGGUCUGGAGGCCUACGGGAGAACGCAGUCAGCAGCACCCCCCAAGCCCACAGAAGGACUCUACACCUACUGGAGCGCUCCAGUAGAAAACCAACCUACACAGAACAGCAGCAGCUUCCACAACUGGUACUCAUUCAGUGACGCCUCUGUGAAGACCCCAGGCCCCAUAGUCAUCUACCAAACUCUGGUCUACCCAAGGGCUGCCAAGGUUUACUGGACAUGCCCAACAGAAGAUGUGGACUCAUUUGAGAUGGAGUUCUACGAACUGGUCACUUCACCUCCUAACAAUGUGCGGACAGAGCUCUGUGGACAAAUUCGGGACAUAAUGCAGCAGAAUCUGGAGCUCCACAACCUGACUCCCAACACCGAGUAUCUGUUUAAAGUGAGAGCCAUCAAUGAAAACGGCCCUGGGCAAUGGAGUGACACCUGCAAGGUAGUCACCCCAGAUGGGCGUGGGAAGAACCGAGCUAAGUGGGGCCUCCUGAAGAGUAUCCAGUCUACCCUCCAGAAGCGCUUCUAAGCCCC